AUGGAGGAUCCAAAUGCUGACACGGAAUGGAAUGAUAUUUUACGUCAAAAAGGAAUUUUACCGCCAAAAAAGGUGGAACCAGAAGAAGAACUUCCUCCACCUCCUGAUCCUAAAACCAUUCUAGACAAUUUAAAAUCAAAUGAAUUAGAUGAGAAAUUCGAUUUAUUAGAGGAUGGUGAAGUUGAUGAGGAAGAGGCACGUUUCUUAGAGGAAUAUCGACGCAAGCGGAUAGCUAUGCUAAAGGAGGAAGCAUGCAAACCCCGUUUUGGUUGUGUACGCGAAGUGACCAAAGCUGAUUGGACAACGGAGGUGACAAAUGCUGGUGAUGAUAUAUUUGUCAUUGUUCAUAUUAGUGAAAAAGGCCAUGCUCUGUGUAGUCUAAUUGACAAUCAUUUAAGAAAAUUGGCACAAAAAUUUCCCAAAGUGAAAUUCCUCCGUGGUGAAUCCUGUUUAUGCAUACCGAAUUAUCCAUCGAGUAAUUUACCAUCGAUUCUUGUGUAUAAAUCUGGUGAUUUAAAAGAACAAUUGAUUGGUCCUAAUGCUGUCGGUGGGAAUAGUGUUACUGUAAAAAUUGGAUAAUUAUUUGCUUCCAGAGUUUAGAGACAGUUGUUUUGUUUUGAUACAAAAUUCAGUAGGACUCUUCAGCUGAAUACUCUUCAUACAGGGAUAUAUAUACCAUUAGAAUUACAUUAGGAGAGACAAGAUUGACUAAUCUUUGCGUUUUACUGUAUAUCUGUCCGAAAACUUUGUUGAGAGAAACUCACAUUCUGUUACAAAAACGCCCCAA